GCAAGAUUUAGUAAGCUCAUCCUCAGUGCCGGGCCAGACUCUCGAACACGACAAUCCCCCCUCCCUUGAGCGGUAACCUGUGCUCUUAGCUGCUCCACGUUUCCAGCCACCUCUCCCCCCUCAACGCCAGCCGCGGAGACCCUGCGACUGAAGGGAAGACGACAGCCAUGGGGCGCGCUGGGUUCCUCCUGCUGGUGGCGACGACGCUCUCCUGCCUCGGAACGACAUGGGGUGCGUGCAAGGGCUCCACCAAAAUCGAGUGCAGAACGAAAGGCCAGUGUAUCAGAAUGGAACACGUCUGCAACGGAGGCCGGGAUUGCACCGAUAAUUCCGACGAGGAUCCUGAGCUGUGCAAGAUAUGGAAAUUCAAAAUGGAUUCCUGCAGUAAUUCACGAGUGUCUUGCAGAGGAAAUUGCUACAGCUUCUCACGCUUCUGCAACAAAAAGGAAUGCUUUGGAAACAUGCACCCUAGAGUUUGCAAGAUGGUGAAGGCGAAGAAAUUCAACGUGGCGAGGGAGGUCGAACUACCAGCAUAUUCCCCGGCGCCCCUGCAAAUGAUGUCCAUGAUAAGCGAGGUGGAGCACAUAGUGGAACAAGCGGUGAACGCAACGCCGGCGGAAGAUCCACAUUCUUGCCCCAACCUGUACACACGCGUUGGGGAUCGCUGUCUGUCCCUCUUCUCAAUUGCAAAGGUGCCAUGGCCAGAAGCGAGGCAAUUUUGCAAGUCGAUUUUCGGUGACCUCGUGACCUUCGGCGAUGCACAGAGCUUCGCGGACUUAUUGCGACAUUUGGCUGAAAAGGCGCUGACAACAGACUUCUGGAUCGGCGGCAGGUUCGACUCGCGGGCGUCAGCAUGGGCGUGGGUGAGCGACGACGGCACGCCCAUGCCCCUGGGGUCCCCGUUCUGGGCUGAAAGGUACAGCACAAGAUGCGAGCCUCGACCGCCACCGCAGAUCGACCCCUUCAGCGCCCCUUUGAACGCGACGCCGGGGGCACCUUGUUCGCACUACCUGCAGGCGCCGAAGGAACGAGCCCAGGGAUGGUGCAGUGCCAUGACCCACGAGCACCACUACUACAUCACGGACGAGGAGUGCCAGAAUGCCCACAGCCCCUUGUGUGUCUUCACGCGCGGCUUCGACAUCCUCUGAUGCCCUGGUCAUGCGUGGGACGUUAGAGGAAAAAAA